GCCCGUGUCCAGGUUGCCAUUCCCAACUGGAGAAUCCCAUACGCGUAUAGCAUUUUCCUCGCAAUCCCUCCGCCCACACCAGGUGAGCCUGGUUUAGACAGCGCAUUGAUUGUAACAAAUUCAGAUGACAGGCGAGUCUGAGCACAUUCCGCUGCCCACCAGGCCAAUGAAGAAGCGACGCACUCAUCGCAAGUCACGCCACGGCUGCCAAGAAUGCAAACAGAGACACCAAAAGUGCGAUGAACUAAGGCCACAAUGUGCAAACUGCGCCAUCACCAAUCGCGCAUGCCACUAUGAAGGCGACCGACCGAGCCUGCGACAACUCCCCUCUCCUGGCACAACCGUGGAUACCAACGUCAUAUCCCCUCCCAACCAAGUGCCAUCGGAGGCUGUGCAGCAGCCUCGUAUCCUGGUCGACCUAGGGGGAUCUCCACAGUCGCGGUUUGAUGGGGAGGAUGACACGUCUGCGGCGGCCUCCGUGGUGAACAUGGACCACAUGGAGCUCAUGGCACACUACACCUUUGCUCUAUCCAACCCCGAGAUCGACCAGGAUUUUGACAGGGCGGCAACCAAGAUGGUGUUGCAGGCGGCCCUGGACUUUCCGUGGCUGCUCCACGAGGUGCUGGCGAUAACCUCGCGGCAGCUGGUCUUGGCGCGACCGGAGCGGGCCGCAUUCUACCGGGCGCAGGCCUCGCGGCUACAGACUCGGGCCCUCUCACUCUUCAACCGCCGCGGUGGUGGGGGCGGCCUUCAGCCCACCAUCGACGCGGCCAACGCGCUCGCUGCAACCCUGUUCGCUUCCAUGUUGGGGCGUCACCUGCUUGUCGACACGCUCGAGAGCCUCCUGCAACGGACGGGAGACGAUGUUGGUGGUGCCAGUUCCGAGGCUGCUUUGGACCGCUUCUGCCACUACCUACAGGUGCACAACGGCCUGCGCGUCGUCGCGUCGAGUGCCUGGCCUCACUUGGUCGAGUCGGAGCUUUGGCCGCUGAUUUCGCUGGUCGGGCAGCUGAACACACCCAGUCUUUCCGGACAGGGCAAUGAGCUGCGCGGGCUUUCGGAUUGGGUCAGGGAGCAGCACCCUGCCAAGAACCUGACGGGCACAGCCUCAGCAGCUGCUGGCAGUAACGGCGAGGAAGAUGAGGCUCUCAAGGCCUGCCUCGAAGCAAUCAGCUUGUUGCAGAGUGGGCUUGACAACUCGGGUCUGUUCUCCUUUUCGUCUUCGCAUCAUCCACUGCAGCAGCAAAGGAGGCGGCUGCAUCAACAUCAAAUGACCUUUUCCUGGUCCGUCCGGUGUCCAGCCAAGUUCAACCAACUGGUCCAGCAGCGCCGACCGGUCGGGUUGGUCAUCCUGGCUCACUACGCCGUGCUACUCCAUCUAAGCCGCGACCUUUGGUUGAUUGGCCGCUCGGCAUCGCGUUUCUUUCGAGUUGUUACCGACGUUCUAGGGCCUGCAUAUGAUGCGCAGCUUGCAUGGCCACGGGAAGCUUUGUCAGAUGGUAGAAAUGACCCUGCGGGAAUAGGUAGUUCUGCCGUGCUGUCACUGCCGUAGUGGCGAUGCAUGUCUUAUGUGUGAAAAACAUACUUAUAGUACCUUAGUCAGAAAGGUACCGGAACUCCUGAUUGAGCCAUCUGCGAAGAUAUGCUUGCCUGGAUACUGAGUCACUUUGAACGAUGCGCGAUGGAAAUGCGAAUUGAUUUUUAUGAAGGAGAAUCCAAGCCACGCACGAAUAACCGCCGAGCUCGGUAGAUAUGCUGGCGUAGUACAAUUGAACUCACCCCUCUCCUUGUCACCAGCUAUCCGU